AUGUUCUUAGGUUUCUUUACUAAUUACCGGUUAAAACUAAUUAAUGAUAAUUGUUAAUAUUACUCCUUAUAUAUAGAUAUAUUCAAAAAUCCUAAUAAUAACAAAUAAUGCCUUGAUAAUUCAUAAACUGUCUUAUAAUUCGAUUGUAAAGAAAUUGAGGGAUACCUAAAAUUGUAAAUAAAUGCAUCUUAACUAAAAAUGUAACAUGAUAACUUGUAAUAAGAAUAUUGUACUAGAUAAGUGCUGAUUGAUAAUUUUGAGAUCUGUCUUUCAUAAGAUAUUUUUCACUAGCAAUAUAAAUUUAAUGGGGUCUUAAGUUUAACAAAAUUAACCAUAUCUCCAAACAAAUCCAAUUUGUUUAAUUAGUAAGAAAAAUUUGAAUUAGAUUAAAACAACAUACUUAUAUUCAUUUUUUAUUCUAAUCAUUUUUAUCAAAAAAAACUAAUGGAUAUUUCUCAAUAUUGUGAUAAUUUUAUAAUAAACAUCCAAAACUUAGAGUAAAUUCAAGAAUUAUUAAAGAUAUUUAAUAAAAAUCAAUAAUUUUCAUAUAAAUAAACAGUUCGCAAAAUAUUUUUCUAUUAGAAUAUUUGUGUUGCUAUUUAAUUAAGUUUUUUAGUAAUAAAUACUUCUGGAAUCAAAAAUUAUUUUUAACAAAAACUUGUUUAGUUUAUAAAUAAUAAUUAUUUUUAUUUUAAUGAAUCAUAAAGUUGGUUAAAUAAAUUUAUUAAAUUUGAUUCAAUUGUAACAGAAUUUUGUAUAAAAAAAUAAUGA